AUGACAGAGAAAAAGGAAAUUGAAGAGCAAGUAAGUGAAACUCCACCAAUUGGAAGAUCGAGCUGGGAGCGGAAAAUUGUCGUGGGCAGAAGAGCAAAGAUUGCAGAGAUUGCACCAGAAAUGAACACUGGGGGAUCUAUAUGGGAUAAUUUUGACAUAACAAAGGUAACUAAUGCUGGAUUUAAACUCGAAUUUGUAGAACCUGCUUUGCAUGAUGAAACACCUGUUUGUGAAAUUGAGACAGAGGACAUUAGCUCUGAAAUUGAGUACUGGAAAAAUGCAGUUGUGUGCUAUGUUUUGGGAGCCCACCCACCAUUCACAGUACUUAAUGCAUAUGUACGAAGGAUUUGGGGAAAACAUGGCAUAAACAAAGUUUCUAUGCUAAAAAAUGGGAUAGUGAUAGUGCGAUUUGAUUCUAUCAUGGGGAAGAAUGAAGUACUACAAGGUGGUAUAUACCACUUUGAUAACAAGUCGUUCAUUGUAAAAGCAUGGAAUGUGGACAUGGAAUUCACAAAAGAGGAGUUAUAUACUGUGCCUAUAUGGAUCAAGCUACCUGGACUGGAUUUCAAAUACUGGAGCCCUAAGGGAUUGAGUAAGAUUGGCAGUUUAGUUGGUCGACCUCUGAUGGUAGAUAGCAAUACAGAGAAGAAGAUGGGGCUAAGUUUUGCACGUCUCUUAGUAGAAGUUCAGAUGGAUACAAAACUACCUGAUAAAGUAUUCUUCAAGAAUGAGCGUGGGUUACUAUUGGAGCAGAAAGUACAAUAUGAUUGGAAGCCAACAUUGUGCAAAGCAUGUAGGAAAUAUGGCCAUGAUGAACAGGUGUGUAAAACUAAAAAACAAGUUGCAGAUGUCAAACCAACAGAGGAGGGGAUUGGCAAAAAGGAGGAACAACCAACAGAACAAAUGAACAAACCAUCAGCUAUUAAGGAUGGGGAAGGAACCAGCAAAAUGCAAGGGAAUAAGAUGGAGACAGGGAAACAAAGAAUGCAAGAAAAUCAGGAUAAUGCAGAGUGGAUAACACCAAGCAAUGCUGCAAGAACCACAAGUAGACAAACAAAGCAGGGGAGGGAAACUGGAGAUAGAAGCUACUACAAUAAUUUUCAGAUACUUAAGUCAAGGGAUACUGAUGGAGUUGAGGUUAGCAGGAAAGGGGAGGGGAAUGUGGGAGGGAUAGCAUUACCUCCUAUGAGUAAUGGAUAA